UUAAUUUCACAAUAAAAACGUGAAUUAUUGUAAAUAUAUUCAACUUAAUACUACUAAAAUAAAGCCACAAUGUCAAUGAAAGAGAAAGAAUUCUUCGGACCGCUAACACUUCAUCAAAAGGACGAGAAUCCCUCGAUUUUUAAAAGCGAAGAGCUAUCGGAAUGUUCUUGUGUUUUGUGCGAGGAAAAGUUCACAUUGCCUGAUAAUGAAAAACAGUUGCUCACUCAUUUGUUUAUGGAACAUCGUCUGGUUAUAGCUGAUGUGAACCAGAUCGUUGAUCUGAAGGAAUACUUGAGAUAUUGGAGACUUAGAUUUAAAGAUGAAAAUUUACCUUUCUUCUGCACCACAAUGCUUCUGGACAAUAAGCCCGAUGGUACAAAAUCAAAGAACGAAGAAUAUUACCUACUUAGUGACGUCCUCCCUGAAGACAAAGAGCUGCGAACUAAUCUUCAACAAACAAGACUCGAAAAGUUAUUAGAAAGACACCAGUUUGAACGGGAAGAUAAAAACUACAUAAGAGAAUGUCUCUUUUGCCGUAAUAUUUCAACGACAACCAGAGCGACCUAUCUAAACCACUUGUAUGAAAAACACAACUUCCAUAUAGCUAAACCAGAUAACCUAAUCUUUAUUGACGAGCUGGUCAACACUAUUGCAACAAAACUAGAGAAAUUACAAUGCAUUUUUUGUGAAGGCAACUUCAAAGAUCGAACCAUACUUAAAGAACACAUGCGUAAGAAAGGACACAAAAGAAUUAAUCCUGAAAACAAGGAAUAUGAUAAAUACUUUCUAGUCAACUACGUGGGAGAUAAGCAGCAACAUAAACAAAACUAUAGGUUAAAUAAAAAUAAUAUCACAAAGAAGUCACCGGAUUAUGAAAAUGACUCCAACAUUGAUAGUGAUCCCGAAUGGUCCGAAUGGACUGAGGAAAAUGGACCGUUAAUCACAUGUCUGUUAUGUGAGCAUACGGAGAAAGAAUAUGAUAAAAUUUUAGAGCACAUGGAAAAGCAACAUGAAUUUUCAUUCGCAAAAGCGACAGAAGGAAUGGAUUUUUAUCACAAAGUUAAAAUCGUUAAUUACAUACGUCGUCAGAUACAUAUGAAACAAUGUUUGGCAUGUGAGACGAAGUUCGAUGACUCGAAAAAUUUAGAAAAACAUUUGAAAGAUAUGAAACAUUGGGUGCUGUGUAAAGAGAAAUGGGAUCAACCGGAAUAUUAUUUUCCUACGUACGAGGAUGAUUUAUUCCUAUGUUUUAUUCAAGAUGAUGAUGAAAGUUGGUGGUCUGGUGAUGAUCAAGAUGUUGAGAAGAGGAAUAGCAUGUCGGACAGCAUAUCUAAAGAAAUGGCCAUGGCGGUACUGAACGAUUGAAUUGGUGAUUUCGUAUAAAGGAUCUGGCUUCCAAGUGAAAGACUGAUAUACUUUGUUAAUGAAUGGUGAAAUGUGGUAUACAAUAUGCAUUUGUGUAUAGUAUUUAUAUGCAAUAAUACUUGUUCUUUAUAAUAUUUAAAUUAAGUUUUAUGAAAUAUACAAAGUUAGAAUUCUUGGCCAUUUUAAUAUAGGUAAGUGUUCAACAUUUUGUUGUUUUACAUUGGCUGAUCUUGGGUUCGAACCCCAUGUCAUGCAAUAACUUGUUAUUUGUCUUAUUAGCAAAAUUGGUCUUGUUUUGUGCCUGAAACAGACAGGCAUAGAUAUUAUGAAAUGCAUUUGUAAUGUUUAUUAAAUCAAUGCAUGAAUUAGUACUGUUGAUAUAGUUAUCGGCACGAAUCUUGAGCUCUGACCUACAUCUGCGAAGAGUGACGGUUAUGACGCGAUGCACUGCGGGCCAAUCACCGCUUUAGCCCGCCCCAGCGCCUCACUUCAUACCACAAAAGAGCUCAAGAUUCGUGCCGAUAACUAUACCACUUCAUUAUACAUAUAAAGAAAUUUUUAUUAAAAAUUGCAAUAAACAACCAUGUAUAUAAUAGUGUUAUUAAAGAUAUUAUACCUUCAACAUAUAAAAGCUUAAUUGGCAUAGUGUACCUCUUUUGUAAAUAAGUAGUUUCAAAUAAAAAACUAUCAUGCAUGAUAAAAUACUACGGAAAAAAAUAAUGUGUAAAAAAAUGUAUCUUAUUGUUACAAAAAAAGUAAAGAUUGUAUGGUUGUUCUUUGUUUAAACUACAAUAAUAAUGUUGUGAACUUAUUUAAAUUCUUACCUAUGCUUAGAUACUGAUAUAAUAAUAUUUUACUGUAACAGUGUAAUAUUAUGUUAUUUAUCCUAAUAUAAACAUUUGUAUAUGUAAGAUUGUUCAUUGCUCAGUUUCUAAAAGAUUGUGAAAAUUGAACUUUGAAGUUUAUUAGGCUAUGUUCAAACAAAAUUGAAAAAAAAAAAUAAUGGUUGAAUCAGAUCAUUCAUAAUUUACGCUAAAAAUUGCUUGAUAAAUAAAGUUAUACACUUGCCAACUAUUGAAAUAAAAUAUACUCAAUAAAAA